AUGAGCAACACAACACCUCUGGAAUUUAAACGCUACCGGGCUCCCAAAGCCCGGAAUGCUGACACCCCAAGAACCCAGGAUCUGUUAUUUGUUCCAUAUGUUGCUGCUGAUUCGGCAUCAUCAAGACCACCACCGACAUCUCUAAGGCCAGGUGAUGCAUCCAUCAGGCAACACCUGAUGGUCGAUUUUCACCGCCGAAAGCAACUCAAUCAACUGGAUAGAUCUGCAGCAGCAUUGGAGGAUGCCACUACCAGUUCGGGAUCAUCAAAGCCACCGCUGACACGACUAGGUCGCUUCAGAAUUGAGAGAAAGGAAGACAGUAGCUCGAAGAAACCCAAGGAGUUGAGGCCGAUUGUACCAAAGUUGGUCCAGGACCCAGUGAGCACGUUUCAAAGGGAUCCAUUCGUAAACUUCCCCGUGCCUGUAAACGAUGAAUUUCAUAGACUAUUUGGACACUGUAAGAUGCUCCGAGUCUUUCAGUCACUUCCAAUCCGUGAAGCUCCUGUCAGUCUAACCAAACUGUCCACAACGUAUCUAGACAUGACAGAACUCAACACCCAAGGCGCAAUCAACAAGUACGAGCGCGAAUUCCUCAACAUCGCACUGAACAAUUCGGCGUGUUUCCUGAUGCUGAUGACCACGCUGGUCCAGUUUCGACAGUCGCAGGGCGUGUCGUGCGACAAACAAUUUUGGUCGUACCGCGGCGCAGCGAUCUCGGCGCUGAAUGCACAGCUGUCUGACGCCGGCAGCUCGAUGGAUCAGUUGAUCUGCACUAUCAGUAUGCUUGCCUAUAUCGAUACACGAAAAUCCGACGCGCACGCUGACACAAGUCCGCGCGUUUUUGGGACGGGGGGUAUAGUUGCGAUGUCCGACGCUUCACAACGAGUCGGCGAAAUUUCAUCUUGCUGCGAUCGUGAACGGACUGAGUCGGAGGGGAAGAGAUACGCGGAAGCCCGAACUGUUCUGCAUGCUGUUGCGACUUUCGAACUGGUGAGUCAUGUCAGUCAAUUCUCCUUGAUCAUCCUGAGGCGUCCUCAAUAUCAUCUUGACUCAACCUUGCAUCUUUUCGUGAUUUCUAGGUGCCUCGUACAGCCGAUAAGUCCACCACUUCCAGAACAUCAGUCCUCAACACGAGGGAUCAACAACAGCAACACCUUCAAUUUUGAGCGCAGCUUUCCGACCCACCCACACCGCACCAUCGAUAUCCCGUCUUCGGAAUUCCACGACAUCCGAUUCCUCCUCCAAUCGAGAAUCGAAGAUCCGAACCGCCAACCCCACGACGACGACAUCAUGAGAUGUGCCAACGACGUGGAGUUCCAGGACUUUCUCUCUUCACGACUGAUGUAUGCGGCAUCGCGCUUGGGCACGCAGUCGGCGGACUAUGAUUCACAGGUCGCAAAUAUGAUGCAGUCGGUGUAUCUGGGCAAAAUCAUGUUCCUGUAUAUUGUUUCACCAGCGAUCACUCUGUCAGGCGUGUCGCCGUCGACGAUUGCCAUGUCGCUCAAAGCGAGUCUCGAGGAUGGAUUGGCGGCCUCGGAGACUGCGCCUGUGGGGUGGAACCAGGACUUGCUGUGCUGGGUGUUGAUGGUGGGCGCGGUCACGACGCAGGACGAUUCUCAUCGCCGCUGGUUCGUCAGGUGGGUCGCCGAGUUCUGCUCUGUCCACAGCAUCUAUGCGUUUGAGAGUCUGGCAGAGUUGCUGCAGAGAAUUGCUUGGGCGGAUGGGAAGUUCGCUCGCACAUGUCAACGGGUGUGGAGCGAGAUUGAACCUUUGAUUCGUCAAAUUUUCUGA